UGCGACAAGAGGAUUAAAUUAUUUUUUCCUUAUUAAUAUUGGUUGUAAUAAACGAGUUAUAUGCGAAUAGAAAUAUUGAUUGUGCUAUAAGUUAGUAGAUCCUCUGAGAUUGUUUGUAUUUAAACAAAUGAUCAAUUAUCCCAUGUAAUCGCAAACGAAAGAAAAAAUUGCAUUUAGUGACAAAGAAAAAAAAAGCGGAAGAUAGAAGCAAAGGUGGAAUAAAAGUGCAAAGGGUAAACAGAAGAAUGAAAUGAAUAGCAAAUAAAAUGUACGAUCCAAAGGCCGAAUCAAGACGCAUAAAAUAUAGCAGUGGAGGAAGAAAAAUUAAAUAAAAAUAAAUUGUCGAUUUUUUUUAUUCAUUCGCAGUAUUUGUAUUAAUUUUUUAGAAUACACAGUGUUAUAUUAUUGUGCUCACGUAUAUAAUCAAUUAUUGACACAAGUAAAAUAGAAUCAGAUAAUUCCAUGUGAUUCGGUGAAUUCUUAGUGCAAUUGCAUAAAAUAACAAGCUGUAAAACGUUGACGUCAAUAUUGAAAAGGAAUAAAAAUUGACCAUAAUAGAAGUUUUAGACUGAUUUGUUAAAUAUAAAUAUUGGCUAAAUGGAGGGAACGGAUGGAUCACCCCCACCUUCUUUGUGUAUUGUACGCGCUACUGAGUUUUUCCCAAGAUUAAACAUGGAAAAAGAAGAUGCAGACUUGGAAGUACCCUAUCAGGAACUUGCUGGGGAAUUUGUCUUAUAUCUAGGACGUACUGAUGAUGGCAUUUUAUCGCUCUCAACAUACCGUAUAUUUAUACUUAAAAACUCUACCAACUCAGAGACAUCCGUGCCACUGGGGUUAAUCGAAAGUUUACAGAUACGUGACCUGUUCCAUUUAAUCAUCAAUUGCAAGGACGCUAGCACCGUUAAAUGUUCCUUUGAAACAGCUGAACAGUGCGCCGAAUGGCUGCGACGCAUUCAGUUGUGCGUCGGUGUGCCAGAAACCUUAGAAUCGCUAUUCGCAUUUCCCUUCCACUCGUACAUGAGUGAUGCAAUAAAUAUGCAAAGCGAAGCUUAUAAUUCACCCGAGUACCUGGAACGCUUACAGCGCGCUACACGUGCAGACGAUGAUUUUAUGCGCGAAGUCGUACGACUAGGCUUCGAUUUGAACGGAACGUGGCGUAUUUCCAAAACGAAUGAAGAGUUCAAAUUAUGUCCGUCAUACCCGCAGCGGUUACUGGUGCCAGCCUGCAUUUCGGAUGACAUGCUUUACGAAGUGGCGAAAUUCCGUGGGUCACGCCGAUUGCCAGCCGUUGUGUGGCGUCACAAAAAAUCUGGUGCAGUGAUUGCACGUUGCAGUCAACCCGAAGUGGGUUGGUUCGGUUGGCGUAACAACACAGACGAACAAUUACUCAAAGCUUUGAGUGAGGCGUGUGCAUUCGAUCGAGGUGAACAAAUGCGUCGCCAAAGUCAGUCUAUCAACACGACGAGACGAAGAAUGACAUCAAGUGAGAGUACGCCCUCAAGCACUGACGGCAGUCAUGAGGAAGUCACGAUGGAUGAAGUGCAGAAAGUCCUCAUUGUUGAUGCGCGCAGCUAUGCUUCCGCGGUAACAAAUCGUGCACGUGGUGGUGGUUGCGAAUGCAUUGAAUAUUAUCCGUCGGCUGAAAUCGAGUUCAUGAAUCUGGGUAACAUACAUGUUAUACGUAGGAGUUUUCAAGCGUUAAGACAACUCUGUGCUUCGCCAGCAGAUAGUCAAAAUUGGCUAGGCUCGCUCGAGAAGACAUUUUGGUUGCAGCAUCUCUCUGGGCUAUUGGCCGCUACCAUAACUGUUUGUCAUGCUAUUGAGAAGAAGGGGCGGCCAGUGUUGGUGCACUGUUCGGAUGGUUGGGAUCGCACACCACAAAUUGUGGCCACAGCACAAUUGUGCUUGGAUCCGUACUACCGCACUGUAGAGGGUUUCCGCGUUUUAGUCGAACGUGAAUGGUUAAGUUUUGGCCAUAAAUUCUCAGAUCGUUGUGGUCAUGGUCCUGGUUCGGAUGAGCUAAAUGAACGUUGUCCAGUUUUCCUGCAGUGGUUAGAUUUGGUACAUCAAAUACACAAACAAUUUCCUUGCAGUUUUGAAUUCAACAUGGCUUACUUGAUUAAAUUAGCACAACAUUCGCAUUCAUGUCUUUUCGGCACCUUCCUAUGUAACACGUACAAGGAACGUUGCGAAAAGUCGGUGUUUGAGCGUACUUACUCAGUAUGGCCUUUCCUAUCCGGGCCGAUGUAUAAAAGUCCACUUUAUCUACCCAAUAAAGAUACGGUUAUUUGGCCAGCGCAUAAUGUACGAGAUCUGCACUUAUGGACUGAAGUUUAUUUGGGAAGUUUGGGAAAUCAAAAUAGCGUUGAAUUCGUAAAUAAUAGCAACGAAAAUUUGCAGGGAACGACAACUCCUAUGACUAAGACGCGUUCUUACGGCGAUUUAGUGUCAGCAAAUAUAAUGCAGAGUGGCAUCUCACGACGUUCCAGCGACCCAAAUAUGACUGUGGAACCGAAUUUAACAAUGGCUACAAAUUCUGAAAACAACUCCAUCGCCGAUACACAAUCCGAACGUGAAGAUUUACCCGAUAAUGUAGUUGAAAUGAUGCAGCGAAUUGAGAAUCUCACCAUCCAGCCAAAUAAUCGCGAUGAAGAUAACUUUGUGGAUGCCGCAAACACUACAGAGGACCCACAAACUAGUAAUGCGCAGCCCAGAGAAUUGAAUGAACCUAUUUCGAAUACUGAAGCGACUGCAGACAACAACAGUUCACUUUCAGCUUUAAACAAAAAUGAGCUCCCAAGGCAAAAUGACAAAAAUGAUAAUUCAAAUGACUUUAAGCCCAAGGCUAACGGUAUCGAGCACCAAAACGGCAACACGAAUGCUCCCCACAGUAGCAGAAAUAUUAGUGAUUCGGGAGGCGGCGACGCUUCAAAAGAAUUUAAAGCAAAUACAAACGAGGAUCUUAUGAUAAGUGUAGAAUUGAGUGAUGCAAGCCACAAUAUGGAUGAAGCUUUGGGCAGACAUAGCAAUUGGCAUGGCGCUGUCAGCACCAGCACAGAUACUUUAGUACCAAUCGAAAGAAGAUCAAGUACUAACGGCGAAGAACUACCAUCCACGCCUCCAAAAAUGGGAGUCGAUGUUACAGAUGGCUUUCAUACACCUGAAAAACUAUCCACAUCGGCGGACAAAGCAGAGCUUGGCUUAAGUUCUCCUUAUGUUCUAUUAAAACAAGAGCGACAGAAUUCUUCAACUGGUAAUGGCAACAAUGACAACAGACCUCCCGCCAACGGCGUUAAUAACAGUAUUAUGCCAAAUGUUCAUGGCACAAACGGUACCUCGAAUCGUGCAAAUAUCUUGUCAAAUUCAUCUAGUAAUGCCUCCGUUUCAUCUACAUCGUCUUCACUCAAUAAUUUUAAUACAAACAUGAAUAAUACGAACAGUAAUAGCAACAACAGCAUCGCAACAACAAUGACAACAGCCACAGAUCAAAGCGCAAAUGAUGUUGAAAUAGAUGUAGAAGCUUGUAUUGCUGAUGCAGGUGCACAAGCGAAUUCAACUGAUGCCAUGAAUGAAAGCAUCAUGAUUUUGCCAGAACAUCGAAAAUUGCAAAUAUCUGUGAGUGGCAAGUGUGAGGCUAUCUCGAAUAAUGGCUCGUCCUUACCAACGUCCCCAACAGGCUCCGACGAAAAGCCGAGUACUAGUCGUGCAAGGGGUCAAAACAGUAGAAGGGAAAAUAUUUGGAAUGUUAGAGGCGCUGAAGGCGGUAGACAAAAUAGUGGUGGUAGCGGUGAUAGUGGUGCCACUGGUAGUGUAGGUAGUGGUGCAGGUAGUGGCGCUGGUGGUGGUGCAGGUAGUGGCGCCAGUGGUGGUGCAGGUAGUGGCGCCGGUAGUACUGCCGGUGGUAGUGCUGGUGGUGGGGGCGGUCGCGGUGAUGAUAAUGGUGGCGGCGGUGGUGCCGGUCGUAGUGGUAAUAAUGGUGGUGAUAAUGGUGGCAGAGCCAAUGGUGAUGCCGCUAGUGGUGAGGAAAACGGACAACAACGCCGUCGACGCCCUUCAAAUUCAAAUCGUCAAUAUGAUGGAUUUCACAUGCGACAACCAGACGGAAGCAUACGUUAUUUCUUUACGGGUAAUCGUAGGCCUGGUAUACGCUCCUUACCGUUGUCACCGCCUCCCCGUCAGGAACGACCUCAUCUGUUAUAUUCCUGCCCUGACGGCUUGGCGCAUGCGCUAAGCGAACAAAAUAUGCGUCUACAUCAAAUUGUGCAAGAACAUAUGUUACGAGAGGAUAUUCUAUUGCAAGAAAUCCAUGAUAUGGAAAUUGAACUACGAAGGAAAAGAUGUCCAAAUUGCAAUGCCGCUCAAAAUAGUGAUAAAAACGAAGAACAGUGUUCAGCGGCCGAUAAUUUAGAGAAUGCUUCAAUAUGCUCAUGGGAGGCUGUGGAAGAUCGCAGCGCUCCAUCAUCUAGCGCUAGUUCCUCCAUACAACAACCAAACACCACAAGUGCCCUCUGGGUACCAGACCACGCUGUGAAACGCUGCACCAGCUGUCAAGUCGAAUUCUGGAUAGGCCGCAGAAAGCAUCAUUGCCGCUCGUGUGGGCAAAUAUUUUGUGCUGACUGCUCUGAGUUUUGGGCACCGCUACCUGAUGCAAAGCUUUUUAAACCCGUAAGAUUGUGUGGACCCUGCUAUCUUGCCGUAACAACGAGAAUAGAGCAACAGAGCAACGCAAUCAUAGCAACAAAUAUGCCAAAUUAUACAGCCACAACAACCAGCACAACGGCUACUGCUGCCUGGACGACUGGAGGAGCCUCAACUAGUUCGCCCAAAUUGGCGAUGUCUGCAGUCUCCAAUGCAACGGUAGUCACAACCACAACAACAACUACGCCUGCGUCCAGCACCAUAACGGCUACAGUGUUACAACAACAACAACUGCAGCAGCGGCAGCAUCAACAACCCAAACAGCGACAUAAUGUAGCCGCAGCAACUACAACAACUAAUGGAGCAUUAACUAACUUGCAUCAGCCAGUUGCAGUACACGGAAUCGCUGUUGUCACUGCAAAUACACCUGCCUCAAGUGCACGGAUGAUGGCGCCAAUACCCAUAACAGCCGCUGCAGCAGACGCGCUACAACAGCAGCAGCAGCAGCAACAAAGACAGAAUGCAGCAGCGGCAGCAGCGACUGCAAGCGCUACCGUGGCCGUUGCAGCGGCCGAGAGCAGCAGCAUGUCGCACAUAUUGAUGACAGCGAAUAAAAAUAUUGCAGCCAGCGUUGCAAAUUAAUAACCAAGAGCUAGGGCCUAUAUAGUGCAUCAUUUAAUUUUAUUUCGUAUCAGAAAUUGAAUUUUAAUGAUCAUUAUUUCUAUAAGAGACACAUCUAACUACAUAAAAUGCUGUUAAAUCUGAUCGUAUGUAAGUUUAGCAGCGAAUGUUGUGCUACUACAUCACACUACGGACAGUGACGAACGCGAGAGAGACUGUGCUGCCAGACUGUCGGCAACUUUGUUGCUAUCGUGCCUAGACAUGUGUGGAUUAUAUUGCUUAACGCCGCGUGCUUGUAUUAUUUUUGAAAUUGUAUUUGUUGACUUUUUUCAUUUUUAAUGUUUUUACUUUUAAACUAUACAGUGUUCAAGUAUGUACAUGUUUGACCAUUGUAUAUGUAUUUUAUAGUAAUUCUCAAAAUACAUUUUUACAUAAGAAUUUAUUUUAAAUUAAUCUAACUGUUUGCAUAAUUAUUGAAAAAAAGAGAAAUCGUAAAAAACAAAUGCGGUAAGAAGUGUUUUUGCAACAAAAGUUUAGUUUAUAAAUUACAUUAUUUAUGAAAUUUCAAAAUUUAUUGAAUUAAGACACUUGACUUUAUAUGUAUAUGUGUACCUUUAAAAAUAUUUGAUUGCGGCUAAAUGCUGAACUAUUUUAGAGAUAACGUUAAAAUGAACUAAACAUUAUUGGAACAUUUGAAAAACUUGCACUAAAUAAUGAAUUGAAAUUUACCUUUUUUUCUACAUUUAAUUUAGUACAAAAUAUUCACUUUUAUUAUUUGUUGUUAAGAGUAUAUUAUUACAAAAGAAAAAACGCAGAAAAAACAAGUUAUAGCGAAUGUAAUAAAUUAAAAGCAAACAUAUAAAAUUGUAAUCGAAAUGAAAAAUAGUAAAAUCAUAAACCAAAAAUUAUAUAUAUAUGUAUACACAAACACACAAUAUUGACAAACACAUUGAUCGUGUAAUUGUUUAAAAGAAAACAAGCAACUAGAAGCUGCGUGCUUUUACUUACUAAUAAAUGUGAAAUUUACAAUA